AUGAUUCCUUGGGAAGGGCUCUAUCCGUAUGCCCUCAUUCUAGGCUUGGUUGCUCUAGCGGGAGGUGGAAUGAAUGUAAUCACAAUAUCGUCAUUGACGAGAAAUUCACAAGGACCAAGCAGAAAAUCGCACUAUGAUGUUCCAACGAAAGACAAAGAUUGGGUUAGGCCUCGUAUUAAGACAGAUCAAUGGGACAAGAAUAUGGCUGUUAGAGACUUGAGAUUGACGGGAAACUUCCGCGGAACAAAGGCAGAGCCAGAGGCAGAUGAGUCUUUUGAAACAAACAGUGUUGUUUUUGCUUCGCAUACACACAAGCCUUGGGUGCUAAGGAAGCAUAUUAUUAUGAAGAACUCACCUUCCAAGUGGCUCCAGAAGUACAACUCUGACAGAGACCAGCACUGGGAAGCAGUUAAGGAGGAUUACUUGAAGGGUAUGGAGAAAUGA